AUGGCGUUGCUUUUCCCACAGGUGAAUUUCCGUGGCUCAAGGAGCAGCCCAGGGUGCUGGGCUGAGCGGACGCGUGUCGAGAAGCAACUGGUGGUGCUGGUGGGGGUGCUGGUGGCUGUGCUGGCGGCGUGUCUGCUGGGUCUCAUCUUCCAGUAUAGAGCCCGGCCACCCGCCGUGUGCCUGUCAGAAGCCUGCAUCUCCGUCACCAGCUCCAUCCUCAGCUCGCUGGACCGGGCGGUGAAUCCCUGUGAGGACUUUUUCAGCUAUGCCUGCGGGGGCUGGAUCAAAGCCAACCCCCUCCCUGAUGGCCACUCACGCUGGGGCACCUUCAACAACCUCUGGGAACACAACCAGGCCAUCAUGAAGCAUCUACUGGAAAACACCACGGCCAACGUGUCGAGCGAGGCAGAGCGCAAGGCGCAGCGUUAUUACCAAGCUUGUAUGAACGAGAGCAAGAUCGAGGAGCUGCGUGCCACCCCGCUCAUGGAGCUCAUCCAAAAGCUGGGUGGCUGGAACAUCACAGGUCCCUGGGCCAGUGACAACUUCAACGUGACGCUGCGAGAGGUGACAGCACAUUACCGCACCUCACCCUUCUUCUCCGUCUACAUCAGCGCCGACUCCAAAAACUCCAACAGCAACGUCAUCCAGGUGGAUCAGUCAGGGUUAGGCCUCCCGUCGCGGGAUUACUACCUGAACAAGACAGAGAAUGAGAAGGUGCUCACCGGGUACCUGAACUACAUGGUGCAGCUGGGGAUGUUCCUGGGAGGCACCGAUGAGGAGUCAACGCGGCAACAGAUGCAACAGAUCUUGGACUUUGAGACGGCGUUGGCCAACAUCACCAUCCCACAGGAGAAACACCGGGAUGAGGAGGUCAUCUACCAUAAAAUGACGGCUGGAGAGCUGAAGGAGCUGGCACCAGCCGUGGACUGGAUGCCCUUCCUCACCACGGUCUUCUACCCUGUGGAGCUCAACGAGUCGGAGCCCGUCGUGGUCUACGCCAAGGAGUACCUGGAGCAGGUCUCUGACCUCAUCCUGGCCACUGAUAAAUGUCUCCUCAACAACUACAUGAUCUGGAACCUGGUGAGGAAAACCAGCCCCUUCCUGGACCAGCGCUUCCAGGAUGCUGAGGAAAAAUUCAUGGAAGUGAUGUACGGGACGAAGAAGACCUGCCUCCCACGCUGGAAGUUUUGCAUCAGUGACACAGACAACAACCUGGGCUUCGCCCUGGGGGCCAUGUUUGUCAAGGCCACCUUCGCCGAGGACAGCAAGCAGGUGGCAGAGGAAAUGAUCGCGGAGAUUAAAACAGCCUUUGAGGAAAGCCUGGAGACCCUGCAGUGGAUGGAUGAAGAGACGAGGAAAUCGGCCAAAGAGAAGGCAGAUGCCAUCUACAACAUGAUCGGUUACCCCAAGUUCAUCAUGGACCCCAAAGAGCUGGAUAAAGUCUUUAAUGAUUACGAGGCUGUGUCUGAUCUCUACUUCGAGAACGUCAUGCAGUUCUACAACUUCUCAGCCAGGGUCACUGCUGACCAGCUCCGGAAACCACCAAACCGGGACCAGUGGAGCAUGACGCCUCCGACAGUCAACGCGUACUACUCUCCCACCAAGAACGAGAUUGUCUUCCCUGCUGGAAUCCUCCAGGCUCCUUUUUACACUCGUGCUUCUCCCAAGUCACUGAAUUUUGGUGGGAUCGGUGUGGUGGUGGGCCAUGAGUUGACACAUGCCUUUGAUGACCAAGGCAGGGAAUAUGACAAGGAUGGCAACCUACGUCCCUGGUGGAAGAACUCCUCGGUGGAGGCCUUCAAGCGGCAGACAGCGUGCAUGGUGGAGCAGUAUGGCAACUACACCAUCAACGGCGAGGCUGUCAACGGCAAGCACACCCUUGGGGAGAACAUCGCUGACAACGGUGGCCUCAAGGCUGCCUACCGGGCAUAUCAAAACUGGCUGAAAAAGAAUGGGGAUGAGGAAACCCUGCCAACCCUCGGCCUCACCAACCACCAGCUCUUCUUUGUUGGCUUUGCCCAGGUGUGGUGUUCGGUUCGCACGCCGGAGAGCUCACACGAGGGGCUCAUCACCGACCCCCACAGCCCCUCGCGCUUCCGUGUUAUCGGCACCGUCUCCAACUCCUGGGAGUUCGCGGAGCAUUUCGGCUGCCCCGUCGGUUCCCCCAUGAACCCCCCCAAGAAAUGCGAAGUCUGGUGAUGGGCGAGCACUCGAGGGAACCAGCUGCUGGUUGUUUUGUCCUCUGCCGACGGCUGAAUUUUCCCCAGUUCUUUUGAGAGGCUCAAACCACUUCUCCAUGCACCGAACUGCCCAGCUCUCAGCCGGAGCAGCUCCCCGCGUCCCCGGUAUCAUCCGAGGUUCGAUCCACUGUGAAAACUCCUCAUCCUCUCACUCGUUUGUGAAAUGACUUCAAUUUGGGGGGUUUUUCUUUCCCAUCAUGACCGGGCUGUGUGUUGAGAUGCACGUG